UUGGCCACGUAGCCAGUGCCAAAACAGUUCAUCCGAAAUUAGCGAGAAGGCGAGUUUUUUCCCCCCUCGAAGCUAGUUCUCAAACUCCUGCUACUACCUAAAAAAAGAAGCAAAAUGUGUCUUUUACCAUUUUUGAAAAAUACUUUAUAAACAUGGAAGGUAAUAUUUAGUAUUUAAUUCAAGGGUAUUGGUGAUGUCAGUGGACAGCGCGAUCACUGGAGGAUAGAGUUAGCGUUUCCCCUUCUGUCCUGGUGUCCACGAUUGCCCCAGCCGCCAUGGCCGACUCCACAGUAGUCAGCGACCAGCAGCGGUCUGGGUCCGGGCAAACCGAUCCUUCCAGAGGACCAUACAUUGCAGUGAUCACCAACAGAAGCACCACCCUGGUGAUCCGUGGGUUCAUGCUGUUCUCUAUAGGAGUUUUCCUGGCUCUGGUGCUCAACCUGCUGCAGGUACAGAGGAACGUCACUCUGUUCCCGCCUGAUGUCAUUAGUAGCAUCUUCUCAUCAGCCUGGUGGGUGCCGCCCUGCUGUGGGACCGCCUCAGCAAUAAUCGGUCUGUUGUAUCCAUGCAUUGACUGUCGGCUCGGCGAGCCCCACAAGUUCAAGCGGGAGUGGUCCAGUGUGAUGCGCUGUGUGGCCGUGUUCGUGGGCAUCAACCAUGCCAGUGCUAAAGUGGACUUUGCGAACAACGUGCAGCUGUCCCUGACGCUGGCGGCCCUGUCCAUCGGCCUCUGGUGGACAUUUGACCGGUCUCGAUCCGGCUUUGGCCUGGGGGUGGUCAUCGCCCUGCUGGCCACUCUAUCCACUCAGCUCCUGGUCUACAACGGAGUCUUUCAGUAUACCUCUCCAGAUUUUCUGUACAUUCGCUCCUGGUUACCUUGCAUCUUCUUCGCUGGUGUGAUAACCAUGGGGAACAUAGGACGACAGCUAGCCCUGUACGAAUGCAAACUUAUGUCAGAAAAGACUCAUCAAGACUGAGAGAAAUUCUGGCUAUAUCAAACUUUUGCACAAAAUUACAUUUUCGUAGCAACAAAAAGCCAAAAGGGGAUGGUAAAGGACAUCUGUAUGCAGCGUUGAUGGAGAUUGGUCAACCUUGGAGGCGGAGCAGUCAUCCACAAGCAACAAAUGAUGUGCUUCUGCUUUGCUGAGUGCUUUACCGUGGAAAAUAGUGUUUUGGUUGGUUCUUAUGUGCCCUUUCUGGGCCUAGGGGGACAGACACCAGCUCGCUUUAUUAUAAGCAUUCAAUGGAUGUCUAAGGAGAGGAAUAACAACUACCGAUGUGUGUGUGUGGUAGGUAGGCCCCAUCUACAACGCAAUCUGUGAUUGCAACUCAACGGGCACCAAUAUUAGUGUAGCUCUGCUGUUGUUCAGGGCACUUUCGGCACCAGUGGUGUGAAACCUUUGGCUCCAUCGUGCCAAACAGGACCAUCUGAAUUAUUUUCUUUCUUCAUCCAUUCUUUCUAUCCUUUAUCUACUGGUAGAAGCUGCAGUGUAUAUAGCCCAUAUAUGUAGAGACAUUUAUUCCAUGCUUUUACAAUGUACAAUUAUUUUUUUAGGCCAGUAAUGUCUCUGUUUGCUGGCAGUCAUGAAGGGGUGAAGUGUUCAGUGUUGCACUUAUUUGUGCCAUCCCAGCGUUAUAUCAAGGCAACCAGCAUCCUGGGUCCAGUUUGGCAUUUCAUCCAGCCUUACCAGACCCUGCUUUUCAUUCAUUUCAUUUUGUAAUAAAACGCUCAUAGAAGUUUGUGGGCAAAUUUCACUUCAUUAACUUAAUUUUGGUUAAUUUCCUAAAUUCAAAAUUGAAUUAAACCAAACCCUGAUGAGAUCCAAUCAGAGACCAGGCUUCCCAUUUCAUUCUCCAACCUCCAGGUGCACACAAGUAUCCACAUCAUCAGUGGGUUCUUGGGUCAGGCAUCUAAUGCCAGAUCUGCAUUUUUUUAAAUAGAAAAAUUAGAUAUAAUACAGUGUUUACAUUCCUAGAUGCAGUUGGACUUGAUUUAGGAACCUCACUUCUCAUCGUUAAGAUGGUCUUAUUGGAAAUAGAGACCAUGAAAAAGGGAUGGCUUUCUAUAUCUAGAAGUUGUUGUGAGACUGCUAAGUGAAGGAAUUUUAUUCAUAUGUUAUUUUUUUACUUUAGAAAAACUAACAAAUUUACCAUGAUGGUUGAAUUAGAGGAUGCUGAAAAUGUGUUAGUGUCUCAACAGUGUUUUUGUAAAAUAUUGUUUGUAAUUUCACUGUGCAUGAUAAGGCAAACAAACUGCCAAUGACUACAGAGGAAAGAAAAUUAAGAACCAACAAUCAAUAUUAAAAUGACUAACUUGGAUAUCCUAGCAUGUCAGCGUGAUAGCUAUGGUGCAUUUUUCUAGAAAUAAGAUGAACUAGUUUUAUUUCAUCCAUCUCUUCAGGAAGUAGAGGAUAUAACUGGUUGAACUGGGACAUUUUCAUCCUCUCACCAAACAGAAAAUCUGGAACUUGUGCAAUCUCUUUGGUUCAAUAAAGAACAUGCCUUUUGUUGACGACAGGUUUAUGUU